AUGAAGUUCAAGCAGUUGGUAAAGACUAUGAAACCAACUGGAGACGGCAUGUGCCCUCCAGAAGUUACACAUGCCCAUCACAUUGAACAACUCAUUAAUGAGUGCGCAGGAAUCUGUGACCUGCAUGACACAGAUUAUGAUGCUAUUGAAGAUGAUGACAGUCACUCUGUCACCUCCAAUCAGAUCCAGGAUGAGCGUGCCUCCCCCCCAAUUCAGCACACAGCUGUUGCUCACACAGAAGCCCCCGUUCCACAUUGCAAUACUUGA